AAUGGCAGAAGGCAAAAGCGAAGUACUGGAAGUAGGACAGAUUAUUAAACCAGCAACGACAAAAGACAUGGCAAAAUAUUUAGUUGAAAAAUUAUAUGGCAUUAAGACGACAAAUAUUACUGAAUUAAAUUCCUACGAUGAUCGUAACUAUUUGAUAGAAGUUGAACCAAGUCAUUCAAACCCUCACCUAGGAAAAUUAGAUGAAAAAUACUUAUUAAAGGUUUUAAAUUGCAUGGAUUCGAAGAAGAAUCAUUUUCUAGGAGAACAUGCUUUACAAAAACAUCUUAAUUCAAAAUUAUCCGUGAAAUGUCCUCAACCAGUGAUGAAUAUUGAGGGUAAAGAAAUAUCUUUUGAAUGCCUUGAUCCUAAUAAAAAUGAGGUUUCAAACUUAGUGAGACUUUUUACAUAUGUUCCUGGAAUAAUAUUUCAUAAAGGUACUUAUUCAGCUAUGCAGUUUUAUAAAUUUGGAAAAGUACUUGCCCAAAUGGAAAAUGCUUUAAUUGAUUUUAAUCACCAAACCUUAGUAGGUCAUAGUACAGUAUGGAAUUUGAAAUUUAUACCUGAUUUGAAAAAGUUCACAAAUGCUGUAAAGAACGACGGUUAUGUAAAAAUGGUAGAAGAAGUUAUACAAAAUUUUGAAAGCGAUAUCUUGCCUAAUCUAAAAAAUUUUAGAGAAGGUGUUAUUCAUGGAGAUACCAACGAACAAAACAUUUUGAUUAAUAACUUAACAGACGAUGCGGACAUUGUUGGUUUGAUUGAUUUUGGUGAUUGUUGUUUUUCAUAUGUCGUAUUCGAUUUGGCUAUAACCAUUAUGUAUUUCAUGGUUGAGACCAAAUCAGUGGCACCGUUGGAUGUAGGUGGACAUAUUCUUGCAGGUUAUCUUGAAGAAAAUUCUCAAAGUAGUAGAAAGAUAAAUAAAGUUGAGUGGAACGCCUUGAAAAGUUGUGUUGCUGGGAGGUUUUGUCAGAGUUUAGUGAUGGGAGCCUAUACGUAUGAGUUAACUAAAGAUUCUUAUGUCCAAGUAACUGCUUCAAAAGGAUGGGAUCGAUUUAUCGAGCUGUGGACGACUCCAGCUGAAAAAGUUCAAGAAAAUUGGAUUAGAAUAAUUAAAUCUUAUAACGAAAAUAUUCUACAGUCUUUUGACUUUUUAAAAAGUUAUUGA